AUGGCUACAGAAAUGGAGAGAGAGAGUAUAUCGGCUCUUGCUUCGCUCCCAGUCGGGAUACUACAAAACAUCGUCGAGAAGCUUGACCAUCCGUCAUUGAGGAACCUGAUCCGUUCUCUUGGUAAAGAGUUAUCUGUAAACCAAUGGACAAUGAUCAACAACAAUCAUACAUCGCGCCAUGCACUCUCCAAAUUACCCCAUGAGAUUUACCUUCAAAUGGCUCUUAAUAUGGAAUCUGAGUCGAUUCAUGCCCUAAUCCACACCUUGCGCCCCUCCAUCGAUAUUCUCGAUCUCGUCAAAUUAGCACUCUACAAACAAGCCUCCCGCGAAUUGAUGACACCCCUCAUGACCUGGGCUGCCGAUAUUGGCUGUGUCUCGUGCUUCAACAUCUUCAAGGACAACGAAAGCCACACUAUUCGGACCUACAGGGGCUUCAACCCGCUGCUCUCCGCCUGCCACAAAGGUCACGAAGAAAUCGUGUGGCUGCUCCUCACUGAGUACGGUUACACGAACAUCCGCACGAUGGGCAGCAACGAAACGGCCCUCAUUUUGGCAAGUGAUGGUGGUUACAGCGGCAUUGUUCAGAUGCUGAUGGCCUGUAACGCUGACAUCGACGAGGUUGACUGGAAUGACCGCACGCCACUAUCGGUUGCCACCACUCGUGGCCAUAUCGAUAUCAUUCGCCUGCUCCUUGGCGCAGGAGCCGAUGUGCACACUCACCAUGGGCCCCGGUUUGGCUGUCUGCUCGACAUCGCAGUUGACUGUGGAUACGCUGAGGCUCUGAGGCUGUUGCUCCGUGCUGGAGCUGAGCCGGUACACACGGGGACUAAUGGCAGGAGGUUGUCCACAUUGGAGCGCGCGGUGGGAUUCAAAGGCCACAAAUAUAUGGAAUAUCUGAUGAUCAACGGCGCCAAACAUCCUAAGUUCAAACUUCCUCCCAUCACCGUCGAGGGUGCCGCAAAGACAAGGUUGGAGAUGGUGACACUUCUCUGCCAAUACGGAAUCGACCUCAACACCGUCUACGGGCCCCGCAACACUGCAGUCAUUCAUGUGGCAGCCUCCAAUCUGGCUGGAAAUAUCGUCAAGGUCCUCUGUGGACAGAACGUGGGCAUGAUCAACACACUCGACUCCGCCGGCUGCUCUUCUCUCCACCUGGCAGCCCUCAAAGCAACUUGCGUCAAGGACCUCGAGACUUUUGAGGCCCUGCUUAAGAACGGUAUCGACUGGACCAUCCGUGACAAUGCUGGCCGCACAGCAAUGGACUGUGUCCCCGCCAAGUUAUGGUGCAGUGCAUACAGCAUCCUCGCGGCAAGGAUCUGCUGGGAUGAGGACGUUGGAAACUGGUUCGCACGGUACACCUGGUACGGAUUUUACUGGUGGGUCAAGGAGAGUUGGGUCCAACCUAUCGUGUUGGCUCUCGAGCGUGACUACCCCAUCCAGUAUGACUGGGUCAAAUCCUUCAUCAGCGGCAUCCCAAAAUCGGCGGUCUAUCUCUCUCUUGUCAGCAUUCUCAACGCAAUCUGGACGUCUCUGCCGGUCAGGUUCCUCCGUAGCCUGGUUAGAGGAAUUACUGGCAUCGUGAAGCCGGUGAUUGUCAGCCACCUUGACGAUAUCCGAGGCCUCAGUCACCGGUUCCUUACCAGUAACUUCAACACGCGCUUCUUCUGGAAGCUGUUUUAUUUCUCCGUUGUUGGGAUGCAUCUGGUUGUUCUUCUUGGCCUGCAGCUCGGUGGGGGAUCGAAGAGCCGUGCCAAUGUUCAUGAACGCGGGGGUGGGAAUGGCGUCUCUCCGAGGAGUGCAAUCUCUAUGCUAUUCGAGUACACCAUUUGGGGGUUGCUUGGUCUCUUUCUCAGAGCUGUUUGGGUUGCGAUUUAG